AUGUCACAAUACGCGACCUCAAAGAUCUUUGUUAUCGGCGGAACGGGCGCCCAAGGAAUUCCUGUCAUUCGAGGUCUUGUGUUUGACAAGGGAUACCACUGCAAGAUCCUCACUCGUGACCUGAGCUCGUAUCGCGCCAAAGAACUUAGUGCUUUACCGAAUGUGUCAUUUGUUGAGGGUUCUUUUGCCGACGAAGCAACCCUCCGUACAGGCUUCCAAAGCUGCGAUGGAGCAUUUGUUAACUUGGACGGAUUCAACACGGGAGAGAAGGGCGAAACAUAUUGGGCCAUUCGCUGUUACGAACUAGCACUUGAAUCUGGUAUAAAAUUUUUUGUAUACGGGAAUCUCGAUUAUGUCUACAAGAAGUCAGGCUACGACCCGAAAUUCCGUACCGGUCAUUACGAUGGUAAAGGUCGAGUAGGGGAGUGGAUUCUACAGCAAAAUAAAGACAACGGACACAGAAUGGGCGCUACCCUGUUUACUACAGGCCCAUAUAUGGAAAUGGCAAUUGCGAAAGGCACACCAAUGACCCCAACAGUUGAGGACGGAAUCGUCACAUGGCGUGUGCCUCUGGGUGCUGGAGCAGUGGUACAUGUUGCCCUCGAGGAUUGUGCUUAUUAUGUCCGCUGGCUUUUUGAUAAUGCGGAACGUGCGAGUGGGAUGGAUCUUGAGGUCGCCAUUGCACACAUUGGGUAUAAUGAAAUGGCAGAAGCCUUUGCGAAAGUGACCGGCCACCCGGCUCAGUACAUCAAUACAGACCUUGACGAGUACUGGAAGACCGGCCCAUUAAGCCGUAUCUCAGAAGCGUCGGCCGGAUAUAGUGCUGAUCUGAAUGAUAAAUCGACGAUGACCACAAAGGAGAACUUCACGGGGUUCUGGAAUAUGUGGAAGUUCUCCGGCAGUAAUCUCGGCGUAGUGCGCAGAGACUAUGCUCUUUUAGAUGAGAUUUUUCCUGGGCGGAUCAGGAGUGCUGAACAGUGGUUUAGAAGAGAAGAUCAAAGGGGUAGAGAAAAAGGGCUAGGUGGAUUGUGGGAGAGGGUACAGGCAAACAAUAUCAAGCCUAUUCUCAAGAUUGCGGAGGACGGGAUGCGCGGUCGUCUCUAA